UCCGCCCGCAGGUCCAUGUUGGGCAGAGUCGCGGCACAGGCGUUCGGCUUCGACCAGACGUUCCAGGCGUACCGCAAGGACGACUUCGUCAUGGCUGGCCGGCAGAGGUGAUCGCGUGGGGAAGGGCAGCCGCCCGACAGGACGAGUUCGGGGCCGUCGUUAGCCCCCCCCCCACGCACACGGGAAAGAGUGCUCUGUCCGCGGUGCGCGGGAGACCACGGCUGCACAGGAUGGCUGCGGGAGGUUGCGGGUGCGCCGGGGCUGCGGUUGCGCGGGAGACCACGGGUGCACGGGGGGGGCUGCGGGGUGCGCGGGAGGCUGUGAGUGCGCGGGAGACCACGGGUGCAUGCGGGGGGGGGCUGCGGGAGGUUGCGGAGGCUGCGGGUGUGCGGGAGACUUGGGGCGGAGGGUGCGGCGGGGGGCUGCGGGGUGUACGGGAGAGUGGGGGGGGAGGCUGCUUGUGGGCGGGAGACCGCAGUGCGCGGGGAACUGCGGGGGUGCACACAGCAGGGCACCGACAGCGCCUCGUCUCCCGCACAGGGAUGCGUGUGGGGAGGAGGGGGGCCUGCGGUCCACCACUGCUGGGUGACGGCCGCAGAGCGGGCAUAGGAGCUGCUUGUCCUGCAGGUGCGGGAUCCAGCUGUCAGCAGGAGCCAUCCUCGUCCCGCCCUCCUCCUGCUCCCUGCGGUCCCCCAGGUGUCCGUGCCCCUCUGCUCUUUGUGCAGCACUGGCCACGGGAAGAAGGACCACCCUGCCCAAGUGUAACCUCUUUCCAAGCUUUCUUCAAAGACCCAAAUGUUAUUCCCAAUUUGAAGUUACUUUCUGAUUCUUCUGGACAGUGGAUUACAUUAGGAACUGAAGUGAAAAAAAUUGAAGCUAUAAAUGUUCCUUGUACACAGCUUUCAAUGUCAUUUUUUAAUCGGUUGUAUGAUGAAGACAUUGUACGAGACAAUGGACAUAUCGUUAAAUGUUUAGAUUCUUUUUGUGAUCCCUUUCCUAUUUCUGAUGAGUUACGAAAAGUUUUGCUCGUGGAAGACUCAGAAAAGUAUGAAGUAUUCAGCCAACCUGAUAGAGAAGAGUUUCUGUUUUGUCUUUUCAAACAUCUUUGCCUCGGUGGAGCCCUUUGUCAGUACGAAGAUGUGCUUUCCCCGUAUUUGGAAACCACGAAGCUUCUCUAUAAAGACCUAGUGAGUGUUCGAAAGAAUCCUCAGACCAAGAAAAUACAAAUUACGUCUUCCGUCUUUAAAGUCACAGCGUAUGACUCCGCUGGUGCGUGCUACCCUUCAACAAAGAGUCACGAACAGACGUUUUCUUACUUCAUCGUGGACCCGAUCAAGCGUCAUGUUCACGUAUUAUACCACUGUUACGGUGUGGGGGAUAUGUCUUAAUGGUAUUCUUUCAGAUUACCUAUUUUGAUAAUGUUUUAUUUACCAGUUUUUAAUUUUAAUGCCAAUUUAUAGGUAAACAUUUACUUUGCAAGUUAAUUCAAGUAAAAUGUAGAGAACCUGCUUGGAGCAGAAGGAGACAAGUACCAAGCUGCCUUUCUUUAAAUGUAUCUGGAAAGUAACCUAAGGACCACGUUCCAUCCCGAACACAAUCUACGCCAGUACAGUUGUGGAAUUUUUACAGAAAGUUACAAAGAACUAAAAAUCUAGUUUGUAUUUGUUGCUUUAAGGUUUAUGUAAGCCCUCAAUUUUCCAGGUGUUUUGUUUUAGAAGCUAAUUAAUUCUGGGUUGAAAUUGCAGCAGGAAACUGAACAUUGCUCUAUGAUCAUUAAUAUGAACUGUUUGCUUUUUAAAUUUGAGUUUCAUUUCAUUACAUUCUUCAUUGCAUAAAGAUUUACAUCUCUAGGGCUGUAAAGUGCAUAGGAAUUCCUUUGCUUCAUUCGUCCCACUUAAAAUCUUCAAUA